CCGAGGUCCCUCUACCGUCAUAUUUUCAAAUCUUCCGAUACGCAACGACAUGGGAGCGAACCGUGACAAUAAUAGGUGCUUUAUUGGGCGCGGUCGGUGGAUGCUGCAGUUGUGUUCCCGUGCUGCAAUUUGGUGAAAUGAUGACGACCUUUGUAGAGCGCUCUGUUGAUAACGGUCAAGUAUCCAGUUACCUACCAAUGACCACGUUUUUUGGAGGUGGAAGAAGAUUAAUAAACGCCACGUUUGAAGAAAGAAUGGAAGCGCUAGUUGAAGAUGGUAUAGCUUUAGCUAUUGGCACUUGUACUAUCUAUAGUAUCUGCAUGUUGAUAGUCGUUACUUCAGUUGCUAUGGUCAAUUGGAGCGCCUUAAAACAGAUUAUUCGUAUUCGAAGGAUAUUUUUUAAAUCUGUCCUUCGACAAGACAUGGCUUGGUUCGACACAGAAAAUGAUUUCAACUUUGCUUCAAAAAUGUCAGAGGAUAUGGUGAAAUUAAAAGAUGGAAUGGGUGACAAAUUAUCAGUUGUAGCCAAUUUAAUCGGAGGUUCCAUCUACUGUUUAGUUCAAGUUUUCCCUUUAGGCUGGGAGCUCUCAUUGGCUUGUAGCUCUUUGGUGCCUUUUAGUAUUGUUGCCACAAUUGCUCUAACUAAAUACCAAACAAGGUCGUCUGCAAAGGAAUCAGAAGCUUACAAUACAGUGGGACAACAUGCUGAGGAAGUAUUAAAAUCAAUUAAAACAGUAGUAGCCUUCGGUGGUGAAGAUAAAGAAAUACAAAGAUACAGAAAUUUGUUGGAACCUGCUGAAAGAUUCGGACGUAAACGCGGUCUGUGCACUGGUUUGGGAAAUGGUUUCAACUGUAUGCUCACCUUCUCUCUUAAUACAAUUGUGCUCAUGUACGGCACCAGACUCGUUGUCGAAGAUUUUGCUAAGCCCACGGAUGAAAAGAGAUACAUACCUGGAGACAUUAUUACUAUACUAUUUAGCGUAUACUCCUCAAUACAUAUGAUGACAAUGAGUGUUCCUCAUAUGGAAGCAUUUGCUUUCGCUCGGGGAGCAGCAGCCAGUAUUUUUAAACUUAUGGACCAAGAACCUGCUAUUGACAGUCUUAACGAGGACGGUAAAGUUCCGGAAGAAGGAUCUCAAGGAGAAAUCAUAUUUAAAGACGUAACCUUUAGUUAUCCCUCUCGACCAGAUGUUAAGGUGCUGGACAAAUUUUCUCUUUAUAUAAAGGCAGGAGAGUCUGUGGCGUUAGUUGGAUCAUCGGGAUGUGGAAAAUCUACAGUACUACAACUGAUUCAGAGAUUGUAUGAUCCUAGCUCAGGAUCUGUCACAUUUGAUGGCGAAGAUACAAAAAUUUUGAACUUAAGAUGGUUGAGGUCUAAAUUAGGAGUAGUAGGACAAGAACCAGUGUUAUUCAAAGGCACAAUCAGUGAGAAUAUAUCAAUUGCGGACUCGGAAGCUACAAGAGACGAAAUCCAAAGAGUGGCAGAAAUGGCUUAUGCUCACGAAUUUAUUACUAAAUUGCCCGAUGGUUAUGACACCGAGAUCGGCGAACAAGGAACGUCGCUUUCUGGAGGGCAAAAGCAACGAAUCGCUAUUGCGCGAGCGUUACUUCGAAAUCCAAUAUUGCUAUUAAUGGAUGAGGCUACGUCAGCUCUGGAUUCACAAUCUGAACGAACGGUUCAAGCUGCCUUAAACAGAGCUAGUAUAGGAAGAACAACAAUAGUCGUUUCUCACAGGCUGUCAACCAUUGUAAACGCACACCGUAUUAUUUGCAUAGAUCAUGGAAAAGUAGUAGAAGAAGGGACACAUGAAGCCCUGAUGAAUGCUAAAGGCCGUUACUAUGAACUUGUAACAACGGGCAACAGAGAUCAAGAACCAGAAACUGUAUCUAUAAAGGAAAACAGUCACGAAGAACUGAUUGCGAAGAAUAUAGAUACAACACGCGAACCCCAAGAACCUUCGAAAAGAAAAUCAACAGAAAAAUUUCCAUACAAUCGUAACAAAAGAGCCUCAUCUGAUUCGAGAAUUUCUAUUUCGUCAGCUAUUGUAUCAGCUGGUUUGCGGCGGCAUGAAUCUACAGCUGACAUGGAACUUAAAGAAAAAUUAAUAGAGCACGAAGAGGAAAUAAAACCCCUAAACGAUUGGGAACUUUUAAAACUAAACGCACCUGAAUGGCUGUAUUUGGUCAUCGGCUCUAUUAGUGCUUUUGCGCAAGGUUCAUGUUAUCCAAUAUCUGCAUUUUUGCUGGCCUAUGCUUAUGGGAUAUAUGCUUUACCAAACCCUAAUGAUAUAAUAUAUCUGGGAGAUUUUUAUGGCGUUGUGUUCAUUGUAGUAUCAGUAAUGGCUGGAGCAUCCAUGUGCUUGCAAAGUUUUGCUUUCACUACUUCCGGCCUUAAAAUGACCACAAGGCUACGAUAUCAAUAUUUUUCCAGUUUAUUGAGACAGGAGAUAGGGUACUUUGACAAACCAACCAACACAGUGGGUGCAAUGUGUGCACGAUUGAGUGGCGAUGCAGCUGAAAUACAGGGUGCCACUGGGCUGCGCGUCGGUAUAAUAUUGCAAGGAAUUAGCUCAACUUUCAUAGGAUUUGUUAUGAGCAUAUCCUACAGUUGGAAACUUACCCUUGUCGGACUAGCCGUCUUACCAUUGUUAGUGGGUUGUGUAUGGUUGGAAUCUGUCUCCGCUGAACAAUCUCAAGCCGCCGAACGUACCGCCUUAGAAUCAGCGACCUCCAUAGCUACAGAAGCCAUUGUUAGUGUUAGAACUGUGCAGAGUUUAGGUAUUGAGAAAGUAUUCAUGAAGAAAUUCGACGAUGCCCUUGAAAACUCUCGUAAAGCUCUAUCUAAGAAGACACGAUGGCGCGGAUUAGUUAUGUCCUUGGGCAACUUCUUUCCUGGCUUCACUUACACAAGUGCAACAGUCUAUGGUGCUACCUUAGUAGCUUAUGAAGGAUUAGAGUACAAAACUGUAUUUCUAGUAAAUGAAGCUUUAAUGUAUGGAGCAUUCAUGUUAAGCCAGUCAUUAUUGUUAUCACCGAACUACCGAUCCACUAAGACUUGUGGUGCUCGUAUUUUGCAUCUCAUUAACAGAGAUCCUAAAGUCAAGACUGAACCUGGAGUGAGAGACAAAGAGGAUUGGACAGCGACAGGAAGUUUCAGUAUAAAGGAUGUAAAAUUCAACUACCCCACACGCCCACACGUAGCAGUUCUCCAAGGAUUAGAUCUGAAAGUAGAAGCUGGUAAAACAGUUGCUUUAGUCGGAUCUUCUGGUUGCGGCAAAUCUACUAUACUCCAGCUUAUGCAACGGUACUACGAUCCUGCCAGUGGUAAAAUUGAACUAGAUGAUUUUGAUACUCGUACGUGCUUAACGCUGCCACGAUUACGACGUCAGCAGGGUGUAGUGCAACAACAGCCAGUGCUAUUUGAUCGCACGUUAGCUGAAAAUAUAUCUUAUGGUGACAAUACCCGCGAAAUUACUAUGAAUGAAAUAGUUCAAGCUGCCGAAGCUGCCAAUAUUCACAACUUCAUCGUGUCUUUGCCUAAGGGCUACGAGACAAACGUGGGCUCAAGCGGUGCACAACUAUCAGGUGGCCAGAAACAGCGAGUAUGUAUCGCCCGCGCCUUAAUCCGUUCACCUCAUCUUUUACUACUGGAUGAAGCCACUUCUGCAUUAGAUGCUAAUAGCGAACGGGUCGUAACGGAAGCUCUGGAAACUGCAGCACAAGGAAGAACAUGCAUUACUAUCGCCCAUAGACUAUCUACAAUAAAGGACGCUGACUUAAUUUUUGUUAUAGACAAAGGGCGGAUUGUGGAGCACGGAACACAUUAUGAGUUACUUCAGCAAAAUGGCAUAUACUGGCAAAUGUGUAAACAACAAAGGGUGUCCUGAAGAACAUCCUUACCAUCGCUAUAGAAAAAUCUUCGCCUAACG